UUACAAACAUGGUUGCAACAUGAUCAAAGUCUCAUUUGGAAAGGCUGAAACUUUAAAGAUACAAUGAUCUCAUCUCUUCCCAUUUAUAUGAUCAGAGAAAGCAAUGAGUUACUAGUUUGCUAUUGAAUUACAGAACUACCGACCAAGGACACAAUCUGAAUCAAAACCACUCGAAGAAAGAACCUGAUGUCUGCUCCUGAACGGACUCAAAUGGUGUGUGAAAUUCUGAUAUUGCCACCUUCUAUUUGAGCACGCAACAACCAUUUUAGGUUCAAGACGCCUGCUCAUGUGAAUAACUGAAUGCUUCAAAAUGACUUUGAAAACCUUGUCAGUCAGGGCUCUUCUCUUCUUGGGUCUGUGUCAGACUGGAAGGAGAAGUUUAGCCUCAGCUCCUGAGCUAAAAGAACCACCCAAGAGGAUAGCUGUGGUAGGAGCAGGCAUUGGUGGAACAGCAGCCGUGUACUUCCUGAGGGAGGAGUUUGGAGCCGGGGUAAAGAUUGAUGUGUUUGAACCGGGGACCAUAGGAGGGCGACUGGCCACCGAGAAGAUUGGGGAUAAUGAGUAUGAGACAGGGGGCUCAGUCAUUCACCCCCUUAAUCUUCAUAUGAAGCAUUUUAUUGAGAAACUAGGGAUUUCUCAGAGAAAGGAUGUUCCCUCCAAGAUGGCCAUCUUUGAUGGGAAGGAGCUUACCUUUGAAGAGAGUGACUGGUUCAUCGUGAAUUUUCUCCGUCUGCUCUGGCGAUAUGGUUUUAACUUCCUCCGCAUGCACAUGUGGGUGGAGAGUGUUCUGGACAAGUUCAUGAGGAUUUAUCAGUACCAGCAGUUUGGGUACUCUUUCUCCAGUGUGGAAAAGCUCCUUCAUGCCAUGGGUGGUGAUGGCUUCCUCGUACUAGCCAAUCAGACGCUUGAGGAGGCCAUGCUGGGGGAGGGCUUUUCUCAGAGCUUCCUUAAUGACAUUGUAGCACCAUUUACUCGCGUAAACUAUGGCCAGAGUGUCCGGAUCAAUGGUUUUGUAGGGGCUGUCUCUCUAGCCGGCGCUGAUCCAGGCCUGUGGGCAGUAGAUGGAGGCAACAAAAGAGUGUGUACAGGCCUCCUUUACCACAGCAAGGCCGAGCUCAUUCCUACCAGAGUGACGGCCAUCUCUGUCAAGGUGCGGCACUCCAAGUCAGGCUCAACAGGCAGUUUUUACGAGGUAAACUACAUUGGAGAUUCUGCCACCGGCCACUCUCUCUAUGACAUUGUGAUCAUAGCCACGCCUCUUCAUCAGGAAAAGUCGGACAUCACCUUUGCAGGUUUCUCUCCUCCCAUCCCUUCUCAUUACCCAGGGCGCUACCACCAGACUGUCUCGACCCUGGUCCAUGGCCUUUUGAAUGUGUCCUUCCUGGGUACCACUGAGCAGCCCUCCCAGUUUAGGGUGUCAGACAUUUUUACCACAGACACCAAGGGCUCCAUCAUCAACAGCUUGAGCUCCAUCGACCCUGUACACAUCCCGCCAAGCUACACCCGCCCCCCGGCAAGCCACAGCAAGGUGUGGAAGGUUUUGUCUCAUCAGCCUCUUUCUCAGGAGCAGCUUCAUAGCAUGUUCCUUUCCUGGGACUCUGUCUCUGAGACCAGGUGGCUCGCUUACCCUUCCUAUCGACCGCCCCACCGGCGGACCCCGCCCUUUAUCCUCCACGAUCGCCUCUAUUACCUGAAUGCUGUAGAGUGGGCGGCUAGUGCCAUGGAGAUGAGUGCCAUCUCAGCUAGGAACCUGGCACUGCUGGCACACCACCGCUGGUACAACCAGAUGAGCAAGAUUGACCAGGAGGACCUGCACACCCGCCUGAGAGGGGAAUUGUAGAUAGAGGUGUGGGGGAGGAAUGGAUAGAUGUAUGGAAAGGAGGGUUGUAUGGAGGGGAGGAUGUGGAGAAAGUAAAAGGGGGGGGAGUCUAAAACAAUAACUAUCAAUUCGAAAUGUCAUAUUGUCCUAUUGCUUGACACACUGAAUUAACCUGACACUAACUACUGUAUAACACCUCGCUUUGCUGUAUUUUCAGUAGACCCAGUCACCAUGCAUAAUACCACCACCAAAUCUUCAAAUUUAACAAGAUAUUAUACUGUUUCUAAUGAUCAUUGUGAUAACAUUAUAGAACACACUUAUAUGACAGGGUUCAAAAUACCUUUUCUACAUAACACUUUGGAUUUCUUUUUUUUACCACCAAACAAUUCUGGGCCACUCUAGUUUUAAUGUUCAAAUAGCUGCUAAGUUACUAAGUAAUUUAGAAUAAAUAGAGGUUAGAACUCAGUACAUGCACAAGUCCUGUGGCUAAUUGUUUAAUGACAUGGUCUAGUGAAGUAACAAAGUGUCAGGCAGGUUUCACUUAUUUAUAAAACAUCAACUAAGCCAUCUGCUAAUCUUACAACACUAACUACGUGAUAUCAUAUGAAAAAUGUGUAGUGUUCUGAACUACAGUGCCUUGUAAAUUACUAACCAAUAUGUAUUUAUUGGACAUUGACUCAGCAUUUUAAUGGCCUUUUGUCUGUGUGUAGCAUCUAUACAUGUAUGGAUAAAGCACUUUGAUCUAUAGAUGAUCAUUACAGUUACAUCCCAGUCACUUUGGUACAUCUCUCAGAUCACAAUUGAAAUUCUCAAAGUAAUUGAUUAAACCUCCACAUAAUCUAGUCAAUUGUGUUUAUCAUAAAAGCUAUUUCACAUUCUUUUGAAA